GCGAGAGAGAGAGAGAGAGAGAGGGACGAGUGUGUGUAAGCGGAGUGUGUGAGCGUGAAGCACCGGGGAUCCUGAGCCUGGAGGGGAGCCGUGUGAUGAGAGGGGGGCUCUUCUGCCUGUGGAUGUAUGUGCCAGGACAGCGUCUUUUUUCUUUUCUUUUUUUUUGCAGGCGAGUGUACGUGUGCAUGAAUGUGUGUGAGAGACAGUGAGUGUGGGCAUGCCAGCGUGUGAGUAUGUGUAACAGUGUCGUCGAUCAGUGACAGGCUCUUCGCAUUAUGCAGCCGACGGUGCUCAUCACACUUUGAGGACUGACUCAUCUAGACCGGGCUGUGGAGACAGAAGAGAGGAAAGACAGCGAAAGACAGAUGGAUGGAAAGACAGGAAGACAGUGUUAGGCUCUUGAUGCUCUGGGUCCCUCUAGACCUUCCAAGGGUCUAGUCUGUUUGUGGGACGCCAGUAGCUUCCCACCAGCCCCCCUUGUUCCCCCACAAAUUGGAAUUGCAGACACCCAGCCAGACAGGUAGCCAAAAUUGCCAAAAAGCCCCUGAAAGGAAAAUAAAUCUCUAGUCGUCGACUGACUUGAAGGAAGGUUUUCAAUUCAUUUCUGCUCCACGGACUAGGACAAGAGGGUCUCCUGUCUCUGCGGGGUCUUUUUUUUUUUUUGCUUGACAUCGUUCUUUUUUGGGGGGGGGGUUGUAGGAUCCUAACCCGGUGCCGAGGGGGGAGAGAUAAGAGGCUGGCAGACGAGACGGGACAGACGCAGGCAUGGCUCGCCUCAACUGGUGCCUGGCUGCCGUCAUCAGCUGGGGCAAGUUCCUCUUCGCCUGCUUCUUUCCUCUGCGGGGGGCCAAGCGAGACAAGCCCGACGAACUGGAGGGCGUCCACACACACACCUUCAAGCUGAAGCCAUUCAAGAAGGCCAAGAGCUGUGAUAUAUGCAAGCAGGCCAUCACCAAAGAGGGCCUCAUCUGCAAAGCGUGCCGGUUGUCCUGCCAUAAAAAAUGUGAAGUAAAGGUCACCACAUCAUGUCAAACAACUACCAACUAUGAGGUGCCUCCCACUCCUCAGCUGCCGUUAAAGCAUGUAGAUACACCGGGAUCUACGAGGUCCUGCAAGAGUGUGGAGAUAAGGCGAAAGCAGUCACGGAGUCAGAGCGUGGUUCAGGCCAUGGAGGAGAGCUAUGAGGUGGAUCUGGUCUACAUCACAGAGAGGAUCAUCUCUGUCUCUUUCCCCGCUGCCGCUGAGGAGCAGAGCUACACCACCAACCUCAAGGAGGUGGCGACGAUGCUGCGGUCCAAACAUGGUGAACACUAUCUGAUGCUCAAUCUGAGUGAGCGGAGGAACGACUUAUCAAAGUUAAACCACAAGGUUCUGGAGUUUGGCUGGCCAGACCACCAUGCACCAGCGCUGGACAAAAUCUGCAGCAUGUGCAAGGCCAUCGACACGUGGCUCAAUGGAGAUGCACGCAACGUGGUUGUACUACACAACAAGGGGAACCGAGGUCGAACAGGGGUGGUGGUGGCUGCGUACAUGCACUACAGCAACAUAUCCGCAAGUGCUGACCAGGCGUUGGACAGGUUUGCCAUGAGGCGCUUCUAUGAGGACAAAGCACUUCCUGUGGGUCAGCCAUCGCAGAGAAGGUAUGUGCGAUACUUCAACGGCCUUCUGUCCGGACACAUAAAAAUCAACAACAAGCCACUGUUCCUGCAUCAUGUCAUCAUGCACGGCAUACCAAACUUUGAGUCCAAAGGAGGCUGCCGUCCUUUCCUGAAGAUCUACCAGGCAAUGCAACCAGUCUAUACGUCAGGAAUAUACAAUGUGCAAGGAGACAGCAACACCAGUAUCUGCAUCACUAUCGAACCAGGCCUGCUUCUGAAGGGAGACAUCUUGCUGAAGUGUUACCACAAGAGAUUCAGAAACCCGACCAGAGACGUGGUGUUCAGGGUGCAGUUCCACACGUGUGCCAUCCAUGACCUCGGGGUGGUUUUCGGGAAGAAUGAGCUGGACGAGACCUUCAAAGAUGAGAGAUUUCCAGAGUAUGGGAAGGUGGAGUUUGUCUUCUCAUAUGGACCAGAAAAGAUAAGAGGCCUGGGCCACCUGGAGAACGGACCGAGCGUGUCAGUGGACUACAACACCCAGGACCCUCUGAUCCGCUGGGACUCAUACGAGAGCUUCAACCAGCGCUGUGAGGACACUGUGGACGGCGAGCAUGACGUUGUUCAUACCCAAGGUCCACUUGAUGGAAGCCUGUAUGCCCGGGUCCGUAAGAAAGACUCCCUGGAGGGAGUUGUCACCAUCAACGGCCUCCCAGUCCAUGAAAACCCUUUGACUAAUGCUGAGAACCCUUUGCAGCACGCCAACCAUCCACUUCAAACCACUGACCAGACACUUCCUGUGACAGGCCACGCCUCCCUCCCUGCCGUCGACCACACCCUCUCUGUUAGCAGCGACUCAGGCAACUCUACAGCAUCCAUCAAGACUGAUCGUACUGAUGAGCACAGCCAGUCUGUGCAGGGCGCUGUCAACCACAACAAUCCAGCAGCGACCCACCCACCGCUCAGCCCGCAGGAGAAGAGAGAGCUUGAUCAGCUUCUGAGUGGCCUUGAGGCACCGACUCAUCAACGGCAAGCCUACCUGUCCACAUCCACCAGUCCAGGAGGAGUGCGACACCUGGUCCCAGCGCAGGUGCAUGUCAACGGGGGCCACACCAGGCUAGUGGAUGCCCCUGCUACAGAGGAGCGUGAGACAGAUAUUCUCGACGACGAGCUGCCCAAUAGCCAAGAGGGCAACAGUGUGGACAGCUUGGGCACAAUUUCUUCCCUAGAGGGCCAGGCGACACCAGCUGACCUCUACUACCAAUCACAGACACCUGUCAGUGGGCAGAACGACGGGCCGUACCUUGAGAGAGGCGUUCUUGGAGAAAAGUUGAGCGAAAUGCCUGUGCAUGGAGUACGAACCCCCACAGCGAUGCAAGAGAGGUCUGUGGACUCUGCAUCACCACAGGGGGGAUACAACAACUACCAGAACGGAGGAGGGAUGUACCGCUCACAGUCCUUUGGGAACCCACCAGCCAGCAGCCCUGAAACCAAUCCUAAAUUGAUGCCAAGGGCCCCUGAGAGGAGCACUAGUAGCCGAGAGGCUGUGCAAAGAGGUCUUAAUGCAUGGCACCAGUAUAGCCUCCCAGAUGAUCCAUUUGGCCCUCCUCUUCAGUCAACCCAUAGCUUGCCCCACUUCCCCACCCCAGCCUCACAGCGGGACAUUGAGCAGUCUAUCGAAGCACUCAACAUGCUCAUGCUCGACCUGGACCCGAUCAACUCCCACAUGUCCAAGUCCCACAGUGCACCCCCUGGGGAGAACAGCCUGAACUCAUCACAGGUGCCCUUCUCCCAGACCCUGGCCAGACCCUCAUACCAAGCGGAUUCUGCCAUCCACGGCUACAGCAACUCUGGGUCAGUCAACAAUGCCCUUCAUCAGCCCUUACGAUCGUCUGGCAGAGUGUCAACGUUGCCCAACCAGAGUCCAGUUAUGGAGUCUCCAGUGUAUUCUCCCCAGAGGCCCAACGCCAGCUACCAACACCAAAACACCACACCAACACACACCCCUGAGCCCUACCUCCACCCACGCCAAGCACCCCACAAUUACCCCACUGAUCACUCUUCUAAUUUCAACCAGCAGGCACCACUGAAGCCUGUGAACUCGUACCCAAGCAGUGGGGUUUCCCACUCCCCAGACCUGCAAGGGUCAUCUCCUUACCCAGGCUACAGUGCCUCCUCUUCUCCUCUCCCUGCUUUCACCCCUCAGCCCAAGGACACCUCCUCUACCUCCUUGGCCAGAGAACAAGAUGCAGAGGAGGAGACACUGAACCUAGAAGGUCUGGUGGCUCAUCGCAUCGCUGAGUACAACGCUCGUAUUCGGGGCAUCAGUGAAAGCAUGACACCGCAACAAUCUGACCGCCAUCGCUCCUAUUCCUUCUCUGGAGUUCGCUCCAGAGGAAUGACACCAGAGGUGACACAAGAGACAGGCCGGCGUCGGACCACCAGUGAGGGACAGUACCAGAGCAGCCAUGACAGCACAUCAACAGUUCAUUCACCAGACUUCACCAACAAUCUGGCCCUCAACCCAGGAGGAAGACCCAGAGAGGGUCCCAUGCACAGCUACCGGGAGGCAUUUGAGGACGACAAGACGGAUGGGUUUGCCAACAGUCCCACCUUGGGAGGCGGUGGUGAGAAUUCUCCACAGACCCCGAGCUUCCCCGUGUCCCCACAGACUCCUUACUUCAACAUGUCUCGCUCUCCUCCAGGUUUGGCCAAGACUCCUCUGUCAACACUGGGCCUGAAGCCACAUCAGCAGGGUGGAUCAGACUCUGAUUCUAAUGAUGGAGACCAAGAUAAUCGCAGUUUUGGGGACUCUAGAGCACAGCUGUUCAAUGCUCCUCUUACCUCCAGUAGUCCAGUUCACAGCGCUGAUGGAAGGAGGAUUGGUUCUUCUGAUGGCGCCCCUCACAGCCCCACCCCCUCCCAACCCCACAGACCUGCCUCCCCCGAAGGCUCCCAGGUCAACAUCAUGGGUGUCCACACUGUCCCCGGCAGCCCCAACACCCUCCACCGCACAGUGGCCACCAACACGCCACCAAGCCCCGCCCUCCAGAGACGCCUGGGUCAAGCUAGCCCCUCACUGGCCAGACACCCACCCCCAGCCGGCAUCCCCUCCAGCCCUCUGACCGGACGAAACCCUAAAACAGCAGCCGCUGGCGUGCCUCCCAGCCCCCUGAUGGGGCGCCGCACAGCAGCAAGUGGCCACAGCACACCCGACGAGCUGGGGGCCGCUUCUCGUCAGGGGAGUGCCCAGCUGCCCUCCACGCCCGCCUUCCCCGUCUCCCCACAGCUGCCGGAGAAGAGGCACAUGUCCAGCGGAGACGCAGAGAGAGUGGACAACAAGAACCUGACACCGACACCGGGCAGCGGUGGCAGCACGCCAAAUCUGUCUGGCACUCAAACACUCCCAGACAUUUCCAAGUCUAUAUACGACGGUUAUCCAGACAUCAAGAUGAAUGUCAAGUUUGUCCAGGACACCUCCAAGUACUGGUACAAGCCAGACAUCUCCAGAGAGCAAGCCAUCAAUCUGUUGAAGGACAGGGAGCCCGGGGCGUUCAUCAUAAGGGACAGCCAUUCCUUCCGUGGGGCCUACGGUCUGGCCAUGAAGGUGGCCUGUCCUCCACCAACAGUCCAACAAAACAAAAAAGUUGGUGACAUGACUAACGAGCUGGUGAGGCACUUCCUGAUUGAGACGAGCCCUAAAGGCGUCCGUCUGAAGGGUUGUCCCAAUGAACCCUACUUUGGUUGUCUUUCUGCUCUGGUGUACCAACACUCGAUGACUCCACUGGCUCUGCCCUGUAAACUGAUGAUCCCCACCAAAGACCCAAAUGAAGAGGCGUUGGAACUUGCUACACCUACUGACCCAGUUGUUGAACUUCUUAAGCAGGGAGCAGUUCAGAAGGUUCCCGAGGAAGCCCAUGCGUGCAACGUUCUCUACAUCAACUCUGUCGACAUGGAGUCUCUGACCGGGCCUCAGGCCAUUGCCAAGGCCAUAAGUCAGACGUUGGCAACCAACCCUCUGCCAGCUGCGACCACCGUCCACUUCAAGGUGUCCACGCAGGGCAUCACGCUUACUGACAGUCAGAGGAAAAUUUUCUUCAGACGACAUUAUCCCAUCAACACAGUAACCUAUUGUGACACUGAUCCCCAGGACAGAAAAUGGGGCAAAGAAGGAGGUGGCUCAGUGAGGCUUUUUGGAUUCGUUGCAAGGAAACAAGGAAGCACAACAGACAAUGUCAGCCACCUGUUUGCUGAGCUGGACAUAGAUCAGCCCGCCUCCGCCAUCGUCAGCUUUGUCUCCAAAAUGAUGAAACGGUGAAACCCCCAUUGUUGAAAUGGCAGUGGCCAUUUUGAAAUCUUCCUUCUUCGUCGGUGUCUUUUUCGCCAGGACUCGAUGAUGUCCUUUUUUUCUGUUUCCUGUUGGUUUGUCUCUGUUUCCCUUUUCUCUUUUUUUCUCUCUGCCUUGCUGGUUUGUCUUGACGUUGGUCUUUUUUGGAAGAGUCUAUUUGAAGGAUUUGGUGUGAAUCCAAAGUGGCGCUAGAGGAUGUGUGGUGUGGAGCUGUGAACGUGACAAACAUGGAGGCCAUUGAAGGGAGAAAAUUUAUUCACAGGGUAACCUGCGCUAGAAGAAAAUGCUUGCUAAAGACUAAAGGAACAAUGCUAAGUUUAGUCGGGGAACAUGUAAGGACUUGUAUGUUUCAGGGUUUUCUGUUGUUGUUUUUGUUGAUUGAUUUACCAAAGGUAGUUGCAAUACAAGUGCAAGAAUGAUGUAGCUAUUAAGCCAUUAUUAUUUCCUCUUUUCAAAAGAUGAAGUGUUGAACAAAACAAAAAAAAAGAAAAGAAAUACAGUUUCUUCUUGAACUCGUCUUCAGGAAAAAAGUUGGCCUUGAUGGCUUUUAGCAAAACAGUGUCUGAAGACCUUAUGCAUGUUAGCUUGAUCUUUAAGCUUGGUUCUUCUACCUUCCACAAAAAGUCAUUGUGAAAUCCUUAGAGUGGUCUUUUCCAGGUCUGUUGUGUGUUGGAAAGGGCUCUGCAGUGAAACAACGACUGAUCUAAACUGCGCAUAGCAGACCAGACUCAAAAAAAAAAAAAAAACAAAAAAAAAACUGCCACACUAAGGUCACCGCACUUUGUGUCAGUGCAGCCACACUUGCAUCACCUCGGUCUCUGGUCCAAGCCUCAUCACUCUCUCUUUCAAAACUUGCUUAUCGGUUUACUCUCGCCUGAAAUCUGCAAGCUCCUGAUAGCAUGGCAGACAGAGAGAGGAAGACUGUUUGUCCACAAGAUGGCGCCACUCAUUAAGGCUUGGACCCUGCCCUCAGCGUCACAUAGACUUGCCCAUCACCAACUGCUUGCAGUAGUGGAUCUGUUGAUAGACGCUGCCACUGAAACACACUGGAAAUCACCAGGGACUGGCCCAAUGACCUGGACCUAUGCACUGUUCUUUAUGCAUGUUGUUGUCCGAAAAUGCACCCUCCCUCAUAGCUACAUUCAACAUCACUGAAAACAUUCUAUGCUGUGUGCUCAAAACGACUUUAAAACCUUUAGACAAGUACACUGAGGUUGUAUGACUUGUCAAAGACUGCAUGAAAUAGACAACAUUUUUGUACUCUCCUCAGAGUCCUGAAAAGAAGUAGACAACCCACUGUUGAAGUAGUCACAUGAUGGUGAGAUGCUAUAUUUUUACCUUUUUUUUUUCUUUUAAUUUUGGUCCAUUUGAGCCAGGGUUACCUUUCACUGUAUCAAGGACAGUCCAGUCUUUGUUUUUCCACAGUGUCGUCAAAAAUUUACAUUUAGAUACAUUUUAGGGCAAAGGAAAAAAAAACAAAAGAACACAAGGAGUUUCCACACUGUGCGCAAAUGCCUGCUUGUUGAACACGCGCUCAACCAUUCACAAUAAGCUAAGGAAAAUUGAUAUUGAUAUAAAUGUACAUAGAUAUACUACUUUGAAAGGUGACAUAGCGAAAAAGUAUUUAUUUUUGUUGCUUUGGUCCCUCAUGAUUACUCAUAUAUACAUAUAUUGUACAGUCUAGAUAAAGAAGAAUACCUAAUGGGUUGAGAAAAAAAAUAUAUACUUAUUUUGGCUAAUGAUUUCAAAGUCUGACGAUUUUGAAAUGUGUUUGAAUAUAUGGUGUACAUUACUUUGUACAUGUAUAUGUUUGUUUUUGGCUCGUCAUGUUUUUCAUUUUUGCGUUCUCUCUCAGAACGAGGUAGGGCAUGAAUGAGAUAGAAGCCAAGAGUCUGAAUUGCAUGGACAGAAGCAUCUGAGUGUGUUUUGACACACUCAAAAGAAGUAAAUGCGUUGUAGCUGGUAGAUAUUAAAAGGUAAAGACAUGCCGAUUUUAGAAAAAGGGAAGCACGAAAAAGCUCAGAAGCCAACCUCAGAUGCAAUAUGAAAACAGCUGUAUGCACCCAUGACAGUUACGAUUAUAAUUUUGCCAAAGAUUCAAACACUUUACAUCUGGAUGCAUGUUGCUUUUACGUUCAGCCGCUGCUCAGUUUCCAUUUUUUGUGUUUCACACCUCAAAACUCCACACCUUGCUCAGCUUUAGCAGCAAAUCUAAAAAGCUGAACCAGCCGGGACACACAGGAACGGGUGUUAGAGGUCAUAUAUGUACAGUAACACAGGGGCCCUUGCAUUUACACAGCGAGACGUUCAGCUACAGUCAACUAAAGCAUUUUUUAAAUUUGUUUUUACUGGUGUCUCAGUGCUACAAAAAUGCGUCCACCUCCAUCGCCUGUUCAAGAGAGAACAGGCCUGCUGUGCCCCAAUUGGAAGUGUGUAAACAAAGCACUUAUAUUCACAGUACCAAAAGAGGAGUGACAUAAAUUCCAUAUGGGUGUCAGUGCUGGAGGUAAAUAAAGUCAGAUGUGUCUCACCGUGAUGUUAAAGCUCUACAGCUGCAGCUUUGUCAGACUGCCAAAGGUGUCUUUUCUCCGGCCCCCUCGAAAGUCAGUGAUUUAUUUAUUCUUAUUUAUUCUUUAUUUUUUUUCCUGACAUGUUUUUAAAAAAAAUCUUGUUUCACCGUCGCAUUAUCACAUUAUCGCAGGUCAGUGUUAACGAAUGGAGGAAUGUAUGGUGGCGCUUCAUUGAAAGCAAAGAGGUACAGUGCGCUUAAAUCGACUACUAACAAGCUUAAUUUCAUUUUAAUCAUUUGAAGGAAAAAAAAAUACAAAAAAUAAAUGGAAAUGGAAAAUAAAAAAAUAAACUUGCAUUGUACCUGUUGGCUUUGAGUCAAGAGUUACCUUUGUUGUUUCAGUGAAAAAGAAGUGAUCUCUGUGACCCUGAUGUACAGAUGGGACUUGUAUGAAUGUGCUACUAUGGAUGUACAAAAGGGUCUCAGAUUUUGUUUGCGCUUAUCAUUUACAUUAUAUUGUCAUGGCUUACCUGUUCCUAAGGAGAAAAAAAAAAACAUUAAAGCAAUACAAAUCAGUUACAUUAAA